UGAUAAAUCGCAUGGCUGUUCCAACCGGAGGUAUCAACAGAUACCAAAUUCCUAAUCAAAUACAUGACAAAACCCUUUUUACACAAAUCCAAGAGGAGGGGGACACUUUCGACCCCUUGUUGCUGUUCCUCCUCGGAUAUAAUUUCUGCAAAUUUGAGGAUAAUUACGAAGGAAAGAGCUUCUUCGAGUUAGCCAAAAUUAUGCAGAGAAGUAUCGGAGGAGAGCUCCUGAACAAACCUGAACUGCAAAAGACCUACAAGACACUUUAUGAACAAGAAUAUCUAAGCGAUGUUCUUAAUCUCCAAUGGUUCAAGCGAUAUAAAGCAGAUUUUGAAGAAGAGCAUGAAGCUAUUUCCCUGAUGAAAAAGAACCCUCGGGUUAAACAAAAGAAGAGAGAGGAAAACAAAGAUUGUCCUUUCUCCCCUGCUGGCCUGUCCAAAUCACCCAAAUCUGUCGAGCCCGAAGUCAUCCCUGAAGAAGGGGAUUUCCAACAGAUACCUUCCUUCCUGAUGAACGGUGACAUAUCGGGACAAGAAAAUAACGAAGGAAUGGAUUCCUUCCAAAACUACCAACAAAUUAUCGCUCAACAAGAAAAGAUUGAACAAGAGAAGAAGCUUAGAGAAGAAGAGGAGAGCAAAAAGCUUAUCGAACAACUCCUUGCUCAAGAAGAAGAGCAAGAGCAGCGGGCCAAAGAGGCAGCGGAGCGACAAGAGAGGGAGUCCAUACUCGCAGCUCAGGAGAUACAAAAGCAAUUCGAUGAAGAAGCUAAGCUUAGACGUCAUGAAGAGGAGGAAAAGAACAAGCCUGAAUGAAAAAUCUGAUAUGAUAUAAUUGAAUUCGGUGAUAUUAAUGUCCUUGGAUGAGGUCACAUCUAUCACCCAUAUUGUAUGAAGAUGCACUUGCAGACGAAGACAGACUCCAAAUCCUUCCCUCUUUCAUGCCCUGAGCCAGAAUGAGGAAUGGAGCUGACAGACUUAGAAAUACAAACCUUCUGUGAUGGAGAGCUUUAUGAUAAAAUUCAAAAGUUCCAAUUUGAGCUCUUCCUUGAGCAAAACAAUGAGAUGUUCAAUCACUGUCCGACUCCGGACUGCAAGUUUGUCUUUGAAUGGGAUGGAAACAAGGAAGAUCAGCAGUUCAAGUGCGGAUUCUGCCACAAGACCUACUGUAUCAUGUGCAGAGUAGACUGGCACGAAGGCCUUAACUGCAAAGAAUACAGAGAACUGAACGGAUAUCCUCCUGAAGACAGGGCUUUCUACAAGUUCAUCAAAGGAAGUCCUUUCAAACAAUGCCCCAAGUGCAAGUUCUGGGUUGAGAAGAGCUCUGGAUGUGACCAUAUGACUUGUAGAUGUAAGUAUGAGUUCUGAUACAAAUGCGGCGGGAAGUACAGAGAGUGUGAAUGCUGCAAAUAAGAACCCAUGUUUG